AUGCGAUCCGUCGACGUUACCCCCGCGAUCGCCGAAAGACUCUUGGCUACGGUGUACAGCCCGAUAAAGAUCGCGGGUCCGGCAAAGUUCAAAGUAGGUGACCCGGUACGCGUUAGCAAGUACAAGACGAUCUUCGAGAAGAGUUACACGUCAAAUUGGACCACCGAAAUGUUUAAGAUCGUUAAAGCGCAGCGUACUAAUCCCGUAAUCUAUCUACUCGAGGACUAUCGCGGAAAAUCCAUCGCUGGAGCGUUCUACGAGUACGAGUUGCGUCGCGCAACUUAUCCAGACGUGUAUCUCGUGGAGAAAGUACUGCGCAGGAGGGGUGACGAGGACGUGAAAUGGUUGGGAUUUGAUGGAUCACACAACUCUUGGAUACACAAGGGCAAUGUGGUUUAA